AUGGCAGAACUCACUGAUGAUGCCGACUACGAUGCCGGAGAAACGUUUGAGAAUGUACCAAGUGCACUGUCUGAUGCUGGGAAUCAGGACAACUACUAUGGCAGACGACUUCGGACUAGGUGCGGCACUCGUGGCAAUGUGUCUGAGUGGUUAAUGUGUCAAGCUCCCAUUCUGCACUGUCCCGGUUCGACUCCCGCUGGGGGUGUUGGUAAGACCGAUGCCAGGUGGAGAAUGCAGUCCACCCUGGACGAGAACAAUUUUGGGGAAAGCAAGGCUAUGUGA